ACGGGCAACCGGAGAGAUGGAGCUUAUGCAAUUUCCGGUGAGCCUGGCCGGGAAAUUCCUUCAGAAUCUGGGCUUCCGCCUCCGGAGAAGCCCAGAAGAAACAAAUAUGCUUUUAUGUAUGCCGUUUUGGCUUCCAUGGCUUCCAUCUUACUGGGUUACGAGGAAGGUGCAAUGAAUGGAGCAGUGAUAUUCAUAAAAGAUGAUUUCAAAAUCUCAGACGUGGCGGUGGAAGUUCUUGUGGGUGUCAUCAACCUCUACGUCCUAAUCGGCGCUGCCCUCGCCGGCAGAACCUCCGACUUCAUCGGCCGCCGUUACACCAUGGUUCUUGCAGGCGUCAUCUUCUUCUCCGGAGCUUUUCUCAUGGGCUUUGCCACCAGCUACGCCUCCCUCAUGCUCGGCCGUUUCAUUGCCGGUCUCGGUGUCGGAUACGCUUUCGUCCUCCCUCCCAUCUACUCCGCCGAGGUCUCGCCGGCCUCCUCCCGUGGCUUUUUCACCUCGUUACCGGAGGUGUUCAUCAACUUUGGUGUAUUGUUGGGGUAUAUCUCGAACUUGGCUUUCUCUAAGCUCCCGCUGAAUCUGGGGUGGCGAUGCAUGCUCGGUAUCAGCGUUUUUCCGUCGGUGCUUUUAAUCAUCGUAGUUUUUAUGAUUCCAGAGUCGCCACAUUGGCUUGUGAUGCAAGGCCAAAUCGGAAAGGCCAAGUGGGUUAUCGACAAAACCUCAGACUCCUUGGAAGAGGCCGAACAAAGACUCGCCAAUAUCAAAGAAGUCGUCGGAAUACCCACCGACUACUCCGACGACGUCGUUCCCUUUCAAGUCUCGCCACGUGGAAGCCACACAAAGGAAGUCUGGAAAGAGCUCUUCCUCCGCCCGACGCCGUCCGUUCGCCACAUCUUGAUCGCCGCCGUCGGACUCCAUUUCUUCCAGCAAACCUCCGGCCUGGACGCCGUCUUCUCGUACAGCCCGAUGAUCUUUGAGAUGGCCGGAAUCAAAUCCGACAGCGAGAAGCUACUCGCGUUGGUAGCCGUCGGAUUCACCAAGAUGGUCUUCAUCUUAGUAGCCACGUUCUUACUGGAUCGGAUCGGACGGCGACUGUUGCUCCUCAUUAGCGUCACUGGCAAUAUGAUAUCUCUCGCGGUAUUGGGAUUUGGCCUCAUGGUAAUCAACCGCCACUCGCACGUGGAGCUCACGUGGGCGGUAGGGCUGUGCAUUGCGAUGGUACUAGCCUACGUGGCGUUCUUCUCUAUUGGAGUGGGCCCCAUCACGUGGGUCUAUUGCUCGGAGAUUUUCCCGUUGAAGCUACGCGCCCAGGGAGCGAGUGCGGGAGUGAUCGUAAACAGAGUGACGCAUGGGGUGGUGUCAAUGACAUUGUUGUCCCUGUCCAAUGCGAUUACCAUCAGCGGGGCGUUUUUCCUGUUUGCGGGGAUAGCAGCGACUUCUUGUGUGUUCUUCUACGUCGUGUUUCCCGAGACGCAAGGAAGGACUUUGGAGRACAUGGAGGGGCUUUUCGGUAAUUUGGGGAGAUUCCCRACAAAGAGGAAUAGGGAUAGAAACGACGUCGGAAAUGGAAACGAUGAUGACAACGGUGGGAUUCAAUUGGAGAGAAAUGAGCAGGUUUAAAAAUAAAAAACGACACAUGAAAAAAUAGCAGAAAACUAAUAGCUAUUCGUAAAAUGUGUAACCACAUUUCAAUUUUGUAAGAAUUAAAAAAAAGUUCAAUUUA